CUUAUAGGAAUAAUGAACCCAUCUUUCGACCUAUUCAGCACGCUUCCGGAUGAGCUGUUACUGCUGAUAUUUGAGCAGAUCAAAGCCGGCGACAAUAUUUUGAGCUUCCAUGCCCUUAACACAACAAGUAAGCGGCUACGACGUCUUACGACCGAUUAUCUAUACUACAGGUUUCAUGGUCUGGCUCCAGAACAGCUUCUGCGUACUAUAGCGUUACCAUGCCCAAAUGUACGACCUGAGCUCGCAAAUCAUAUCAAAGAAGUAGUGUGGUACCAGAACUAUUGGACAGGGACAGAUGUUCAGCGAUGCUUAAAGCAGGAUGAUAGAAUCCUACUUGCGGACAAAUUACAAAGUUCCGGGCGGCUCGUGCACACAACUCGUUCUUCUGGGAAUCUACCUGAGAGGUUCGUCAAUUUCCACGAUACGUGUGAAAAACAUUGGUGGUAUCUCGAAUUUUUCUUGUUUUUCACACCCAAGGUUCAAAGACUUCAUGUGUGGGAUACAUGGCAAUGGGACGACCACUCGUACUGGUUCGAGACUAUGGUGCAAAAUCCGUCCGAAUUCGAAAACCUUCACUCGGUUACACUUCAGGGACCAUUGCGGCUGGAGAAUGCCGUGCCCCUGCUGACUUUGCCCUCGAUUCGUAAGUUAGAACUUACUGAAGUCAUCGCAAUGCGCCAAGAGCCAGAUAGGAUCUUCUCAUGGCAAGACGGCUGGGAAAGAAGAAUAGAAGAAAUGCUUAGGAGUGGAUCUUCGCUUGAGCAACUAGUCAUGACGGAAUCCGAUGUCUUCUUCCUAGAGGCAAUCAUCAUCCUUGAGAAACUCAAUAACCUCAAGAGUCUGAGUUACGAACACGCUCCAAGCGAUCUCGGAUCCCAUCCAGAAACCUACCGUGAAUUCCUACUUAUUGAUGAAUUGCGACGCCUUUCGGGGAUCCCCCUCAAACACCUCCGAAUCCGUGGUGAAGUACCACUUGACGAAAGCGUGGUGUCGUCGCUCUUGAACGUCAAAGCUCCGAUGCUAGAGAAACACCCACUACAACACCUACAUACCUUGGAUAUCGGGCCUUGCGACAAGAGUAGCAUCAACGGAAUAUCUUUAAUGAUGUACGAAAACGAUUCGGAUCCUAGUCACAGUGGUAUCGCCGAGCUAUUACCGGACACGCUAGAAGUCUUGAAUAUCAAGUUGGAACCUUUUGGGUAUGAUAGAUUGGCUUUAAUUUCUCCCUAUUCCCAAAUCCUAGCUGAUUUCGCUGCGGCUGUCGCUUGUUCACCGUGUAAUCUGAAGCGUGUUACCCUUGUCGAAUGGCCAGCGUGGAGAGACGAGGACUCCGCUCAAGCAACGUUUUCUAUCUUGCAAGGACUGUAUAGGGAAGCGGGCAUGGAAUUAGACAUUUCAUUCAUGGAUAUUUAG